AUGCUGCGUGUCUUGAGGCUGUCAGGGGAGGAGUUGGCUUCCCUCCCCACGACGGAGAUAGAGGUUGCGACUGAGGCAACACCGAAGUUGACAGUGCGAGUGUGGAAGAAGCACCUGCAGGGCCUCUGCGGCGUGGCCCGAUUUCGGCAGAGGCUUCUGCAGGAAGGGCACGUGCUCGAUGAGGAUGCCGAGCCCGACUACUCUCUUGAUGCUCUUCUGGUUCUGCUUCCCUUCACGGAUCCGGGCAUCGAGGAGAGGGAGGAGCUUUCCCGAGCAGCGAACGGAGGUCUUGAGUCGCAGGUGGAGGCGCUGCUGCAACGGCCUCAGAACCCGAAUCUGCUGGAUUCUCAUGGCCAGGCGCCUCUAGCCCAUGCUGCAUGGCAAGGGCACACCCAGACGGCACGAUUACUCUUGGAGGCUGGUGCUGAGGUCGAUCUUCUCGGAAGCUUUGGUAGGACCGCGCUGCACAUGGCCUCUGAGGCAGGCCAUGUGGAAGUGGCGCAGUUGCUCUUGGCAGCUGGGGCAGAUGUGAGUCUUGGCAUCGUCGAUGGAGGCCUGGCAGGUGGCGUGACGGCUUUCCACUUGGCCUCCUCGAGAAACUGCGUAGACAUCCUGCAGUUGCUCAUGCAAGCACGGGCCAAGGCAGAUAUGCCCGUUGCUGCCGGCCCUCUGGCCGGCUUGACCGCGCUGAUGGCAGCGUCUGAGGCUGGCUCUGUAGAGAGUGCAGGUUUUCUGCUGGAAGCUCGGGCGGACAUGGAUGCGGCCGAUGCCUCUCAGCGAGUAGCCAUUCAUUGGGCAUCGGUUCGGGGUCGCGUCGGAGUGGUGCGUUUGCUACUUCAAGCCGGAGCCGACAAGGAUGUCGUUGAAGGAGGUGGUUGCACGGCUUUGCAUCUGGCAAGCUUGUUUGGUCAAGCCGAAGUUGCGCGCAUCUUGCUAGAGGCCGGGGCGAAGUUAGACAAGGUGACCAAGUGUGGUUUCACGGCUCUUCCCUUGGCGGCCUUUGGGGGCCACGGGGACAUUGCCCGACUACUGCUGCUCUUUGACCCUGGCACAAGGAGUAUUCAGGACGGCAACAGCGACUGGCAGGCUUUCCUUGCGGCAUUGAGCAAGGGUCGUGUCGCAGUUUGGCUGCUGGUCCCCAGCUCUUGCAAGGUUCUUCGAACUUGCGCCAUCCACAGCCCAGGCAUUCUGACGGCAUGCCUGCUAGCCCUCAUGAUUUUGAUCCUGAGCAAACACACUGUCUAG